AUGAAUCAUUCCAGACGUUUAUUACUCUCUCCAACCUCAACCACAAAAUUCUCUUCUGUGGUUGGCUCCUUAUUGAAAAGAGCCUCUUCAUCAUCCGGAAUGGGUCAAGAACGAUGGAUGAGUUCUUGUACUCAACCCAAUCUCGGUUCUUCUACCAGUAGUAGUAGUAGUAGUAAACAUCAUCAAGGAACUAAACAUUCCUCUACGCAGAGAGCCCAACCAAAAACCGUUACUCGUGGUAUUUCACCUCAUAAUGAGAAGGAUGAAAGUAAUUUGACCAAUUUCAAUAUUAUUGAAUCCACGUUGAGAGAAGGAGAACAAUUUGCAAAUGCCUUUUUCACUACGGAGCAAAAGAAGGAAAUUGCCUCCAUGUUGGAUGAUUUUGGUGUGGAGUAUAUUGAAGUGACAAGUCCUGCUAGCUCUCCACAAUCGUUUAAGGAUUGUCAAGAAAUUUCUAAACUUGGUUUGAAGAAGACCAAAGUUUUGACUCAUGUUCGGUGUCACAUUGAUGAUGCCAAGAAGGCUGUUGAAGCAGGAGUGGAUGGCAUUGACGUUGUUUUUGGAACAAGUUCCUACCUCCGUGAAUUUUCACACGGAAAGGACAUUCCUUACAUUAUUGAACAAGCUCAAAAGGUGAUUACUUACAUUAAGGAACAAGGAAAGGAGGUUCGAUUCUCCAGUGAAGAUUCUUUCCGUUCUGAUUUGGUGGACUUGUUGCAAAUUUAUAGAGAAGUUGACAAGGUUGGUGUGAAUCGAGUGGGUAUUGCUGACACUGUAGGAGUUGCAAACCCAAGACAAGUUUACAAGUUGGUUAAAACUGUUCGUUCCAUUGUUAAUUGUGAUAUUGAAUUCCAUGGUCACAAUGAUACUGGUUGUGCCAUUGCCAACUCAUUCACUGCUCUCGAAGCUGGUUGUACACAUAUUGACACCUCCGUUCUUGGUAUUGGUGAAAGAAACGGAAUUACUCCAUUGGGUGGUUUUGUAGCAAGAAUGUACGCCAUGGAUCCAGAACAUGUCAAGAGCAAGUAUAAUUUACCAUUACUCAGAGAUAUUGAAAAUUAUGUGGCUGAAAUUGUUGAAAUUCAAGUUCCAUUCAAUAAUUACAUUACUGGUUUUUGUGCAUUCACACACAAGGCUGGAAUUCACGCCAAGGCCAUUCUCAACAAUCCAAGCACGUAUGAAAUUUUGAAACCAGAAGAUUUUGGAAUGACAAGAUUUGUUCACAUUGCUCACCGUUUGACUGGUUGGAACUCAAUCAAGUACAGAGCUGACCAAUUGGGCUUGAAUCUCACUGAUGACCAAGUUAAGGAAGUCACUAAUAAGAUUAAGGAAUUGUCAGAUGUUAAACAACAAACUCUCGAUGACAUUGAUGGCUUGUUGAGACAAUAUCAUCAUCACGUUCAUCACCAACAUUAA